GGUGCCCGGGGCGCAACUGCGGGAUGGCGCUGCAAAAGGGCGACGGGUGCUUCCACAUGACGUGCCCGGCGUGCGAGAGCCAGUUCUGCUGGGAGUGCCUGGCCGACUGGCGCGGGAUCGUGGUCGAGGGGCGGUUCCACCGGGAAGGGCACAGGGAGGGCUGUUAUUUCCGCGGGGAGAAUGCGGUGCCGCCCACGCAAAUCAUGGGGAGGACUGUGGAACGGGGGCUGAGGCGGGCGAGAGGGAUCUUUCGGUGAUGUCGAGGGGGUGAAUGGAACGCGCUGCCAGGAUGAAGAGU